ACACAAACCCUAAAGAAUCUUUCCAAAUUCCUAAAAGCUCCAAAGAAGCGAGAUCCGUGUUCAUUUUCUCUUGUUGUUUCCCGUUCCGUUGCCGGCGAAAAUGGCGUCGUUUGACGAAGCACCACCAGGGAACCCCACGGCCGGUGAUAAGAUCUUCAGGCUCAAGUGUGCUCAGUGCCACACCGUCGAAAAAGGCGCCGGUCACAAACAAGGACCGAAUCUAAACGGUCUCUUUGGAAGACAAUCGGGCACAACCGCUGGUUACUCUUACUCUGCUGCUAACAAGAACAAAGCUGUGGAAUGGGAAGAGAAGACCUUGUACGAUUACUUGCUUAACCCUAAGAAGUACAUUCCCGGAACGAAGAUGGUCUUCCCUGGGCUGAAGAAGCCACAAGACCGCGCUGAUCUCAUCGCCUACUUGAAGAAUGCUACUGCCUAGUGAAUCAAUGGUGUGGGACGUGACGAUUUCGAUUCCCGAAGAUUGGAUAUUCUUUUGACAAAUAAAAAUCUCAAAACUUUUGUUUUUGUUUUUUUGGAAAUGCCCUCAUCUUCAAUUACGUUUUGGUGAGAAUUUGGCUGUCGAGUUCCAAACGCACUCGAGUACUUCCGUUUUUAUUUGAAACCAUUGUAUCGCAUAUUCUUGUUUCUUUUUGUCGAGAAAAAAUAUUAUAUUAUCAACUAUGAACAAUAAGAAGGCAAUAUUAAUGUCAUCCUAGAUAAACAUUCAACUUUGGUA